AUGGCAGCAGGAGGUUUUGGUAAAGCAAGGGAUCGAUCCACUUUUAAAGGUGUCAUUGAUAAAUUUGUCGGCAGUUUCAAUGACCUCAUCAACAAAGACAAACAAUUUAAUAACUCACAUAAUCAUGGACAGCCCGGGCAUAACAGUCAGGAGAAUAUCCAAGAUAAAGAAAUGGAAAUCUCGGGCCCGUAUAAUGCUAAACAUGUCACUCACGUCGGCUUCGAUGCCAGUACAGGAGAGUUCACAGGCUUACCUCAAGAAUGGCAAACUCUCUUACAGCACAGUGGUAUUUCCAAGGUGGAGCAAUAUCAAAACCCUCAAGCCGUUUUGGAUGCCAUUGGCUUUUAUCAAGAGAAUAGAGGAGACCUUGAUGAAGCAGUGUAUCAUAAAAUGGAAAGAGCCCAUGCAUUAACAGACGACGAUCUGGAUGACGAAGAGGCAAACAUACCAGCUGACAGUCAUCAUGCCGCCGCGAUGGGACUCACGGCUGAGCAGGUUCGUAGUCGUGAUGAGCAUUUCCAUCGUGUGCAAAAGGCCUAUUUGGAUGAACAAACCAAACGAUGGCGUGAUCAUUUUAAUAAGUCUAAAGUGACAGACACGAAAACACAAACACCUGCCAGUACGGCUGCUCGAGAUUAUGAUAUUAAGAGGAAACUAAGUUCGAAAUUACGUGAUAGAAAUCAGCAACAACAACAACAACAACAACAACAACAACAAAACUAUCCACCACAGCCACAGUAUACACAUAGUAAACCUGGUACUGUGAAGCAACGCGUGAAAGAGAGGAAACAUACGAUGAAAGAUGCCGAAGUGAUUGCAAAGUUGAAAACCAUAUGUAUUGAAGCUGACCCCACACUUAUUUACAAAAGCAUGAGAAAGAUCGGUCAAGGUGCUUCUGGUGGUGUUUAUAUUGCUUAUUCAGAUUACAAUGACUUCCCUGUCGCUAUCAAGCAAAUGAAUUUGGAACAGCAACCCAAGAAAGAACUCAUCAUCAACGAAAUCCUCGUGAUGAAAGAGUCCAAGCAGAAGAAUAUCGUCAACUUCAUUGACUCCUAUUUAUGGAAAGGGGAUCUCUGGGUUGUCAUGGAAUACAUGGAAGGUGGUAGUCUUACGGAUGUCGUUACGAACAACAUGAUGAUGGAGGGCCAAAUCGCCGCUGUGUGUCAGGAAGUGCUCGAGGGCCUUCAGCAUCUUCACGCCAAAGGUGUGAUUCAUCGCGAUAUCAAAAGCGACAAUAUCCUGUUGAGCUUGAAUGGCGAUAUAAAACUGACUGAUUUUGGUUUCUGUGCUCAACUCAAUGAUAUGCAGUCGAAACGAACCACCAUGGUGGGUACGCCCUAUUGGAUGGCUCCUGAAGUGGUGACAAGAAAAGAAUAUGGUCCCAAGGUGGACAUUUGGUCCUUGGGUAUUAUGGCCAUUGAAAUGAUUGAGGGUGAGCCACCCUACUUGAACGAAAAUCCUUUGCGUGCCCUCUAUUUAAUUGCCAAUAAUGGAACGCCCAAAUUGCAAAACCCUGAUGCUUUGUCGCCCGUGUUUAGAGAUUUUCUGGCCAAGUGUCUUGAGGUAGAAGUGGAUCGUCGAUUGGGAGCAUCAGACAUGCUAAAACAUCCAUUUUUAAAACUGGCAGACCCUUUGCCCUCCUUAGCACCCUUGAUCAGAGCAGCUCGUGAAGCAGUAAGACGUGAUGAACAGCAUCAUUAA